AUGCAUAUUUUUCAGGAUUACGAACUAAUGCGUUACGUUGUUUACGUUUUAUUGAUCUCACCAUUGAUUUCCGUGUGUAACACCGUAAAUUCUGCUGGCCAACUAAUCACAGAUAAUGUCGGAGACGUUGCUACCUCAAAUCCACUUAUUUCGGAGUUUCGACGCGAACGCAGGGAACGUCGUCUUCUUCGUAAAAAGAAACAAAGAAUGAGGGAACUUCGUGAAGAGAUCCGAACCUUAACGAUGUCACUUCAUCAAACGCAUGAUGGAUCUGUUUUGGAAAGAACAGAAUUGAAACAGAAACAAAAAAGGCGUGGUCGAAAAGGAGUGAAAUGGCGGAAAAAUUUACUGGAGAAACUUAAAGCUAUUGUUCGUCGAUUGGAUCGGAUGGAAAGGAGGAUCAUCGCGGUUGAGCCGUUGCUAACUUCUGAAGUCGCAGUCAACACCACUUCUGAAUCGUUAUCACGGACGACCAGUACAGUAGUUACGAAUGGGACGAUGAAUUUAAAGAUUAAACGGAUUCAACCUGCAAUCACAAGAUCACGCAGUGGAGAAAACGGAACAAUAUGCGCUACACAUAAAGAUUGUCGGCCAGGUCAUUGCUGCCAUCAUUUCGUCACGAAGAAAAGCUCCAGCUAUCUUUGUGUUGUCCAUGAAUUUCCUGAGAAUGUGUUUUGCAUAGACGGUUGUCAAUGUUCUACACAUCUGAAUUGUUUCUUGCCUGAAGGAAAUGCAACGGAGGCAUUCUGCAAAAAGGCGUCUUCCUUCGACAUUCUUAAAGGCUCAUACCUGUACAGGCAAGAUUCGGCCGUGAUCGAUGCUUAG